AUGAGCCGAUCAACCACCACCCUCAACACUUCUCGCUCGAAUGCACAGACACUCGGACGGAGGCCCACCCAAACCCCAGCCGCCACUCCUCAUGACCCCUCACGAUCCAUCCUGCUGAAAACCAACGCAUCCCUCUCACAGCUCAAACCAUCACGCUCAAGGCUGCCAGCCCAAACCAAGAACCUACCCGCCGAGCCACGCACGCCAGCCACCUUGAUGCGUCGGGGCGGCAAUCCGACCAUCAACCUCGUCUCCGGCCUCAACUCCCCCGCCCAAACGCCCCUUCUGACCGUCAAGCGUGAUGGCAAGAGUCGUCUGCCUAGAGCCGCACCCACCCCCACAGCCCCAACGCCCGGGAUCUCCAAUGCGGGCACCAAGAGAUUACGAGCGAAGAAAGUCUUGACCCUGCAGGCUCAGACUGCCUCUACCCCAGCCCCUCCUUUGUCAUCCUCCUCCAGUCUUGCGCGCACGCCCGGAUCUUCGAUCCCUCCAGCAGGAUCCAAACCGAGCUCCUCCAGUGGGCACAUCGAUCCGGACACGACCCCGCGAAAGAAGCCGUCCCAAGCGCCCGGACAACUGACCAGCGCCGCGGCCAAUCCGCUCAGCUCCAAGCUCCCUGUGCCUCCGCCUAUCCCCCGGGCCACCCAGAAACAGACCAGCAUCGCGUUCCCGUCGAUCGUUGAGGACCAAACGCCCCGCCGGCCGAUGACCCGAGCACGCUCGAAGCAGAUCCUCGACCGCUCCACCUCCUCGCUCGGCGUCUCGCCGCCGGACCCCAGCGGGAUCCCCCAGAUCAAGCGGCGGCCGUCGCGGGUGAUGCAGCUCGCACAAGCGUUCCAACAGGACGCUCUGCUGAGCGACAGCCACUCCAGCAGCAAGAACAACAUGCUCGGGGUCACCCCGCAACGCCGUCCGAGCAGUGCCUCCAACACCUCGCUCGUCUCCCCCGCGGGCUCUUUCAUCGGCAACUCGCCCAACAUCUCCGCCCUGGCGGCCUCGCUGAGCAAGCAAAACGUGCAACGGGACAGACUGAGUCGGGCGCGCUCGUCAGUGACGGACAUGUUACGCUACUCGACCAUGUCUUCCCUGGGCGGACUGCAUUGGGAGGACGGGGCAGACGGGGAGGAGGGGCUGUUGACGGACCCGGACUCGACGGAGGCUAUGGUCGCCGACAUCUCCAUGAGCAAGCUCACCCCGCUCAAGCCCGCCGUCCAGAACGCCGCGAUCGCCCUCGCCUCUGCCCGCGCGAACUUCCUCAACAUCGUCCAGGAAAACGAAGCGCAGAACAACGACAACAAUAUGGACUCCCACAUGCCCAAGACGGUGACCAGGGUCAAGAAGCGGCCCUCCUUCGGCUUCCUCCCCCCCGCGACUCCUCUCUCAAGGUCCCGGCUGUCCACCAGCACCUCAACGACCCAAAUGGGCCAACUAGUUGCACACGAAUCGCAGCUCGCAAUGCUCUCCGCCUCGCUCGAACAAUCCCACCAACGCGAACGCGACCUGCAGACCCAACUCGCCGCGCUCUCGGACCCCCAGGACCCGGGGGGAAAGAAGACGCUCGCAGACGCCGAGCGCGAAGCGGCGCUCGUCGACGAGAUCCGCAGGUUGGAGGCCGAGCUCGACGACCUCAAAGAGACCAACAUCGAGCUCGAAAACGCCCUCGAUUCGGCCCGCUUCGAGGCCGCCGAAUCGCGCACUAGAGUGGCCACGCUGCAGGACGACUGUGCCCGCCUCUCGGCGUCUUCUGCCCCUCGCCCCUCCACUCUCGCCGCUUCCAACGACCAACAGCCUCCGCCUUCUGCACUCAAGUUCGAGAAAUUCGCCCUCUUCAACCGCGAGAUCUCCAACGAACUCUCGGCGAUCAAAGAGCAACUGAACCUCAUCCAAUUCGCCAAAAUCUCCCUCGCAUUGGGCGUCCAUCUCUUGCCCUAG